AUGCUAAAAGCAUUAGCAAAGCUUAAAGUCUCCCAUAAAUUCUUUACGAUCUUUUGCGUACUAGCAAUAUUAUCAUUUUCACUAGUUUACUUGGCAAUAGAAUAUGGCGAUCUUCGAGAUUUAUUGUACUAUGAUGAAUAUGUAGAUCCAGAAAUUGCAUUUUCACAUGAUCAGCACUUUGAUGAGGAGGGCGAAAAAGUUAAGCCAAGAAUCAAAGAUAGGAAUGAAUGGCUUACAAAGUUUGUGGACCCGUUGAUUGGGACUGAGGAUGGUGGUAAUGUUUUCCCGGGUCCGUGCCUUCCUUUUGGUGUGGUAAAGGUUGGGUUUGAUAUUGAUAAUAGUGAAGAUAACAAUUCAGGGUAUAGUUCUCGUGGCAAUAUUACCGGAAUAAGCCAUUUGCAUCUGAGUGGGUCGAAAGGCAUUCCACAAUAUGGACUUAUAAGUCAGCUUCCGAUAGUUAGCCCGUCCAUAGAUGAUAUAAGCCUGAAUGAUUACGGAUCGUCUCGUUCUUUCGAGACUUUUAAA